AUGAAACGACUUGUCAAUUUCCAAGAAAAGGACGAAGCAACAGCCGAGGAUUGGAAGUUCAGUGACAGCAUCGAUCCUAGUACAACCAUUCGAUCCAACAAACGACAAAAGGGCAAUGGCAAUAAGGACAACAAGAUCGAUCGGGCUAGCAUAAAAGCCAAACGAAGCGAGAUGCUUAACUUUCGGAAACAACUGCCCAUUUACUCUGGACGUGAUGCCAUUAUUCAGACUAUCCGUGAUAACUCGACCGUUAUUGUUAUGGGUGAAACUGGCAGUGGCAAAACGACUCAAAUACCUCAAUUCAUCCGUGAAGCUGGUAUGAUCUCGACCAAAGCAGGCGGCAUUGCCAUUACACAACCAAGACGUGUUGCUGCUGUCAACUUGGCCAAACGUGUUGCAGAGGAAACAGUGACCCAAUUAGGUGGGCAGGUUGGCUACACGGUUCGUUUUGAUGACACAUCGAGUCCUCAAACGAUCAUCAAGUAUUUGACUGAUGGUAUGCUGCUACGUGAGAUCCUUUCCGAUGAACUCCUCUUCCGCUACAAGUUUAUCGUCCUUGAUGAAGCACACGAACGUACAUUGCGUACGGAUAUGUUGUUCGGCAUGAUCAAAAAGAUCCAGCGGAUACGUCAUGAAAAAGCACAGGCGGGUGAAGAUGUCGAGGAACUCAAGAUUGUUAUCAUGAGCGCUACAUUGGAUGCUGAAAAGUUUAGCGAAUUCUUUAAUGGUGCCAAGAUUCUCUAUGUGUCAGGGCGCCUUCAUCCUGUCGAUACGCUUUUCACUCAAGAACCACAGGCAGAUUAUCUCGAUGCUACGCUUGUCACCAUUUUCCAAAUACACACAAAAAGUCCUCCUGGUGAUAUCUUGGUCUUUUUACCAGGUCAAGAUGCUAUUGAAUCAUUAUCCAGUCUUGUCAAUGAAUAUUCAUCACAACUGAGGCCACGGCAACAAAAGCUCAUGUCAUGUCCACUCUUUGCCGCACUACCACCAUCCCAACAACAAAAAGUAUUCGAUCCUGCACCAGCCAACACUCGCAAAGUUAUCCUUGCAACCAACAUUGCUGAAACCAGUAUUACUAUACCCGGCAUUAAAUACGUGAUCGAUUGUGGAUUGGCAAAGAUGCGAGGAUUCAACCCUAAAAUUGGCGUCGAGUCACUAUUACUUCAUCCUAUAUCAAAGAGCUCAGCAUGGCAACGUACUGGACGUGCUGGAAGAGAGAGAGCUGGUAUUUGUUACCGCUUAUAUACUGAAGAUACUUUCCGAGAACUUGAGGAUGAUACUGUACCUGAAAUUCGACGAUGCAAUCUUGCAGCUGCGGUGUUAUCUUUGAAAGCAUCGGGUAUCGAGAAUGUAUUGGAUUUUGAUUACAUGGAUCGACCAUCACGUGCUUCAUUGGUACGUGCACUGGAAGAGCUAUAUGCAUUGGGUGCCAUCUCGGAUGCCGGCACGCUUUCCGAUCUAGGCCGUAAGAUGUCUGAAUUCCCGUUGGAUCCAACGUUUUCCAAAGUGAUCAUCAAAUCAGCAGAAUACAAGUGCUCCAUGGAAGUUAUUGCUAUCAUUUCGCUGUUGUCAGUCGAUGCGAUCUUUUUCACCCCGUCUGAUAAGCGUGAACAAGCGACCGAGGCACGACGCAAGUUCUUACACAUGGAUGGUGAUCACUUGACAUUGUUGAAUGUGUUGAAAGGUUAUUGGGAAGUCAAGGGUGACCCUGAAUGGUGCCGAGAGAAUUUCAUCAAUAUCCGCAAUAUGAAGAUCGCACUUGAUGUAAGGAAUCAGCUUAUCCAAUUUUGCGAACGCCUUGGCAUUUCACCAACUACUUCAUGCGGCACGGAUACGGACCAAGUAUUGAAGUGCUUCCUUACCGGCUUUUUCCAAAAUACGGCAUUGCUUCAACCGGAUGGAUCCUAUAAAAGUGUUGCUGGCAACCAACUCGUCAAAAUUCAUCCUGGGUCAGCCAUGUUCACCAAGCGAGUGGAAGGCAUUAUGUAUAACGAAUUGGUCUUUACGACGAAGCAUUACGUACGUGGUGUCUCUGCCAUUCAAUCCUCUUGGUUACCACAAGCAGCACCAAAGUAUUUCAACAAUGUCACCAACAAGUAA